UUUACCGGCUUCAAAUUGGCUGCAUCACGUACAGAGGGUUAUCGGGACAAUAGGAGGGAUCAUGUUGCUCGGAAAUCCAGAUCUCAUUAUGGCGGAGGAAGGAAUUCUAUUGCCGAAGGUGAUUGGGUCUGUUCAGAUUCUACUUGUAAUAAUGUUAACUUUGCUCGAAGAUUAGCCUGUAAUCUAUGUGGUCGAGAAAAAUAUUCGAGUAAAGGUGACAAUAAAUCAUCAUUUUCCUCUUCAUCGCAUUCUCAUCAUCAAAAUCAACAUUCACAUCCACCUUCUUCCAAUUCUUAUCGUGAUCAUCGUGACCGUGAUGAUGGUGGUCGUGAAAGGACCCGUGAUAAACCUGAACGUGAACGUGAACGAGGUCGACCAAGAGAUCGAUCUAGAGGACGAGAUGUACAUCGAUCUGGUGAUGGUCAUCCACCAUCAUCAUCAUCUUCUUCUUCCCAUCAUCGUCGUCAAAAUCGCGAUAAAAGUAGCUCAAGUAGUGGCAGUGCUAGUAAAAAACUGCUUGGCCAUGAGAUUGGUAAAUCGGCUGCCGAAAAAUCUCGUGGACUGUUUAACGCCGAUGACUGGCAAUGUGGCCGAUGUGGUAACGUUAAUUGGGCUCGUCGACAACAGUGUAACAUGUGUAAUGGACCUAAAUUUAGUGAGAAUGAAGAAAGAACUGGAUUAGGUGGUGGUUACAAUGAUCGCGAUCAAGUUGAAUAUAUACGCCGCGAAGACUCUGACUCAGAAUAUGAUGAUUUUGGUCGUAAGAAGAAAAAAUUCCGUUCGUAUGAUCCUCAUAGAAAAUCUACAAGCUCUCGAGGUGAUAGAAUAAGAGAUCGAACUAGAUCAAGGUCCAAAGAACGAACAACUAAUGAUAAACCAAGAGACCGAACAAGUGACCGAUCUCCCGAUGAUAAAACAAGAAUUGGAUCAACUGUCAACCUAAAACAACCAAACGAAAGACAUACAAGAAGGUCAAGAUCAAUUGAUAAACAUGGUGGUAAUCAUGGUAGCUCAAGGGAUCGAUUAGACGAAAAAGAUAAAUCAUCUGAACGACAAACUAAAGAUAACAAGUUAUUAUCUUCUUCAGUAACAGUAUCAAGGUAUCGAGAAAGGGACCGAGGUAACGAAAGAUCAAGCAGUAAUAAUCACCACAGUAGAUCGACUCGUGAUGGAGAUGACAGAAGUAGAAGGAAAAGUGACUCAACUUCCAGGCACAAGAGAGAUGAUUAUAUAAAUAGGAGAACUGGUCAUCGAGAUGGUCAUCGAGAUGGUCAUCUAGACAAUGGUUCACAAGGUCGAACUCAUAGAGGCGACAAUAUAACAAAUAAAUCGUUAAAUUUUGAAGAGAUGGACACUACUGAAAGUAGUGAUACUGUUCGUCGUUCUCGUCGAGAUGUGAAUAGAAAAUUUUUAAGUGAAAGAAAUAGCACCAAUCAAGGAGAUUAUGAUGACGAUGAAGAUUCUGAUGAUUCUGAUUUAUCAGCUUCCAAUAAAAACAGUCACUCUGAUGAUAAUGAAGAGGAACCAGAUGAUGAGGAUGAAGAUUUUUCCAAAUAUGAUCUAAGUGAUGUAGUUAAAGUUGAACAAGAAAAGGAGUAAAUUAGAUUGUGUUUUUCGUUUCUUUUUUUCGUGGUCUACUAACAAUUAACUUGAUCAAAUGACUCUUAUUCCUGUUUAAUCUUCAUCAUAAUAUUUACAUCAUCAUCAUCAUCACCAUCAUCAUCGUCAUCUCUAUACAUAAAAUCAAAACAAAAUUGGAUUAGCAUAUUGGAUAAGACCAAAUUGAUCAUCAAUAUUGGUUAAUAAAUCACUAGGAAUACAAAUUAUUUCAUUUGGUGUUACUAAACUUUUACAACCUUUUCAUUUUCACGAUCAUUAAUUUUUUCCCGCGGACAAUUUCAUCAAUAUCUUCAAUUUGAUUAUAAUUGUAGUAAAUUUUGAUAAAGUAAUUAAAUGUUACUCAAUUUAAUCAAAGCAAAACUUUAAAUAUACAGUAACAUCUCAAAUGUCGACAAUUUUUUACUAAUUCAUUGAUCAGUUAAACUAUCCCCUAACAGGCUAAUAAUUAGUUAAUUGUCUAGACUCCUUUAAAUUAGUAGAUUGUAAUAGUGAAAAUGAUUAAGAUUUUAAAAUUCUCGAUGACAAAAAUAUUAAACUUAAAUGGAUAAACUUGUAAACAGUUUUAAUCACAAUCAAGUGUUUACCAUGAUGAUUAAAAAUCAAUCCUCGAAACCAAGGGAACGCAAACAUUUGAACAUUGGCCUUGUAUUUAAAUGUCGAUAAGUUUUUGUUAUUGUUAUUACAACAAACUAUUGAUUAAACAGGUAAAUGACCAACGCCCUGGA